UCAAUAAUCGCGGAACUCCGGAUCGGUAUCACGAAAUCGAAUCACUUAUCGAACAAUGGCCACGGUACUUGGACGUGUAAUUGUGUACGGGGGCAAGGGUGCCCUCGGCUCAGCCUGCGUAUCACAAUUUAAAUCGCAAAAUUGGUGGGUUGGCUCCAUUGACAUGCAGCCAAACGAUCAAGCAGAUGCAAAUAUGAUUGUAAAACCUGACAAUAAUUGGCAACAGCAGCAAACGGAGAUCUUGACUCAAGUUAAAGAUAUAUUGAAAAACGAAAAAGUCGAUGGCAUUAUUUGUGUGGCUGGGGGAUGGGCCGGUGGUAAUGCAGCACAUAAAGAUUUCGUGAAAAACAGCGACUUGAUGUGGAAACAAAGCGUUUGGAGUUCCAUCAUAGCUGCCAGUAUUGCGGCUGAAUACUUGAAGGAAGGAGGAUUUCUUUCUUUGACUGGUGCUAAACCGGCGUUAGAAGAAACACCAGGUAUGAUUGGCUAUGGUAUGGCAAAAGCAGCUGUUCAUCAGUUAACGAGAUCUUUGGCGGCUAAAGAUAGCGGUCUUCCUUUCAACAGUUUGGUAGCUUGCAUACUACCUGUUACUUUAGAUACGCCAAUGAACAGGAAAUGGAUGCCCAAAGCUGAUACAAGCACGUGGACUCCACUCGAGUUUGUGUCCAAUUUAUUCUGGAAAUGGUCGCAAAAUCAAGAUCGGCCUGCUAACGGUUCUCUCCUGCAACUCAUUACUAAGGAUAAUAAAACGGAUCUGAUCACGGCUUAAAGAUAUCAAAUGAAUAAAAUUUAUGGGAACAAAAGUCUUGAAGCAUUUAUGACAAUAUAAUAUACCUCGUUAUUACAUUAGAUAUAUCUUGUUUAUUGUUAUACAAAGGAGAUAUGUUUAAGGAUGGCAAGUCCUUAGAAAGUUUUAUUUUUGUAUCAAUAAAAACUAAUCUUUUUGAUAUUUUUAAACGUACAUUCCAACAUUAUAUAUUUUUG